GGACGCGCGCCGAGAGGCGCUACAUGGUCGACUUCAAUGAGAGCGAGGGCGAGUCGGCUUUCUUGGUUGUGAGAUCAACAAAGGGCGUCUGGUUCGACAACCCCCACGUGUUCCAUCGGAGCCUCGCAAAGGUGCCAAUCAGCUUUUGUUUCGCGGAGGGGGCCCAGGUUCAGACCGAGCUCGGGCCAACGGCUUCCGUCAAGGUCGGCGUGCGGCGUCAACAACGACGUCGUCGUGAAGGAGGAGGCCGCCGCCGAGGAGGCCGCCUCCGAGGAGGCCGUCGUCGCCGAGGAGUCCGCCACCGAGGAGGCGACCAUCAAGUCCGCCGCCGGCGAGGUGUCCGUCGUCGUAGAGGCAGUCGCCGAGGAGGCGCCCGUCACCGAGGAGGCCGUCGCCGAGGAGGCUGCCAAGGAG